AAAAUAUACAUGUGUCUUGCGAUCCAUUGAAAUCACAACACAAUCCUACACAACCCUCGGUGGCCUUAGCCUUUUCCCACCACCAUAAAUACCAAGCUCUCAUCUCUUUUGCGAUCAGGCAGUGAUCAUUCAGGUACAAAAACUUCAAGCUAGACAAGCAGAUCAAACAAGUCCACCUGACGUCAUAAAUCAUUUUCUCACAAACCAAACAGUGUUUUUCUUUUUCUUUUUCCGCCAGGUGUAAAUAUUUUGAGAAUUAGGAAGCUAAUACGAGAUCAGCUAGCUUUGCAUAUAUACCUCGAGACAAAACCCAUCUCACAAUUAUUUUUAACUUUUUGCUAGCUAGCAUCUCUCUGUCUCUGGUUUUUCUCUCCUCUCUUUCUCUACAGCAAGAAGCUCUUGUGCCGUUUCAACAAGUCGUAUUUUUAUUUCAACAAGUCGCCCCGUUUUUCUAAAGGUUUCUAUUAAUUACAAUGAGAAUUGUCAUGCCUGCCUGCAAGCAAGGACAGCCUAUGGUGAGCUUCCAAGGCCCUCCUGGCUUGCCCAGCAUCAACAUGGAUCCUUUUUUCCGGCGAAAAGAUAAGGUUGUUUUUGUAAUGGGAGCCACCGGGACUGGCAAGUCCAGGCUUGCCAUAGACCUGGCAACCUUUCACCGUGCUGAGAUUAUAAACUCGGACAAAAUGCAAGUCUACAAGGGCUUGGACAUCGUCACCAACAAAGUCACUGAAGAGGAGUGUAGAGGCAUACCUCAUCACUUGCUUGGAAAAAUAGAUCCAAACUUCAACUUCACAGCCAAUGAUUUCAAGCAGCAUGCAUCCUUGGCUAUCGAAUCGAUCUUGGAGCGCGACAGGCUCCCCAUCAUCGCCGGUGGCUCGAAUUCCUACAUCGAAGCUCUGGUGGACGACCACCCCGAGUUCAGAAUGAAGUACGAGUGUUGCUUUAUAUGGGUAGAUGUGGCGCUGCCGGUGCUCAACUCUUUUGUAUCGGAGAGAGUGGAUCGGAUGGUGAAGGCGGGUUUGGUGGAUGAGGUGAGGAGAAUGUUCGAUUCCACUGCUGAAGCAGAAUAUACUCACGGAAUCAGGAAGGCUAUAGGCAUGCCUGAAUUGGAUGAGUAUUUGCGGAGCGAGGCUCGUGGUAUCAACGAUGAGAAAACGCAAGAGAGGCUUCUUCAAACAGCUAUUUCUAAAAUUAAAGAAAACACUUGCAUUUUAGCACACCGCCAAUUGAAAAAGAUUCGUCGGCUCUGCAGCCGACGAAACUGGAACAUGCAUCGCCUCGACGCCACAGAAGUAUUCUUAAAGCACCGCGUGGAGGCUGAUCAAGCAUGGGAAAAACACGUGGCAAGACCCGCCAAGAGGAUGGUUGGUAACUUCCUUGUAGACCCAAUGCCCACAAUUCUUCCAUCCGACACUCUUGCCACCGCUACCACCACUACCACCACCACCGUUCUUGCCACAUCUAUGCCCGCCGUCGCCACCGCAACCCGUUAG